AACGGCGAAAGCUCUAUCUUCAAUCCCUUAACUCAUGCUUGUGGUGAUGGAAUAUCUUGUUCUUUUGUCAGAUGGUGCUUUUCCUUCUCAGAUGCUAACUUGGUCAGUCGUUGCUCGUUAAUUAUCUGUCCGCGAACACUUGUGGACCACUGGUGCAACGAAUGGCGUCGUUUCUUUCCUGGUAGAACACCGGCGCGUCACGUCGAGGGAACAGCGGCGAAAUGGAAAGGUGCCGAAAUUGUUGUCGCUGCGUAUGAGGAUCUCAAAGGAAGCUCCUUUUUAGGGUCUGUCGCUUGGAAUUACGUGGUAUUGGAUGAAGGGCAUGUACUGAGAAAUCCUAAGACUGCAAUUUGGCGAGCAGCGAAUGAACUGAACUCUACCAGUCGCUUGAUUCUUUCCGGAACUCCAGUGCAGAACAGCCCUGCUGAUCUGUGGGCUCUGUUCACAUGGUUGAUGCCUGGAUAUCUAGGUGAUGAACGACAUUUCCGUUCCCGAUUCCUCCGCAAAAUCCUCAAAUGCCGCAGCCACAAAGCCAAUGAAAAGGAUAUACAGGUGGCUUUCGCUUUAUCUUUUUCGCUGUGCUGA